UCGUCGUGACGAACUCGUCCGGAAUACACGUUAGAGUGCCGGUUUCGAAAAAAAAAUAAAAUAAAAUAAACGUAAAGCACGCUUUUUAAUUUUUCCACCCUGUGUCGAAAUCAACCGUUGUAUUUAUUCAGUUCCAAGAAACUUUCGGAAAAUUUCCCAAAACUUUCAUGAAUGAGAAACGAGCCGGCCUCCCGUCAACCCGUCGGGCAAUGAUGUAACGAGUCCUUGGGUUAACAACUUAUCUGAAAUGGACAAAACAAGGCCAGUAGGCAAGUUCCCUCGAUCCAGGUGAGAUGACGAAGAAAGGCGAAGGGAAAGUUGCCCGGUGGUACUUCGGAGGGCUCUCCUCAGCAGGAGCUGCCUGCUUUACGCACCCCCUGGAUCUACUCAAGGUACAACUACAGACUCAGCAGGAGACGAAACUAGGUGUCAUCAAACUCACGACGAACAUCAUCAAACAAGAUGGCAUCUUGUCGUUGUACAAUGGAAUUUCGGCUUCUCUCCUCAGACAGCUCACCUAUUCCACUGCACGGUUUGGCAUAUAUGAGGUACUUAAUCAGUCGCACAAUGGUGACGGUCCUGUACCUUUCUACAAGAAGGUCGUAAUUGCCGGGUUGGCUGGUGCCGCAGGCGGUGUCGUUGGAUCACCGGCAGACCUUGUUAAUGUCCGAAUGCAGAAUGAUAUCAAACUAGCUCCAGAACAGAGGCGAAACUAUAAAAAUGCUGUAGAUGGCCUGUAUCGAGUUUUGACUGAAGAGGGGCCAAGACGGUGUUUCUCAGGUGCAAGUAUGGCGACUUCGAGAGCAAUAUUUAUGACAAUAGGACAAUUGGCAUUCUAUGACUUAUUCAAGUCCUUUAUUCUAAGCUUCACUACUUUUGGAGACACACCCACAACACACUUCCUAGCCAGUUUAGGAGCUGGAGGUGUAGCUACUAUAAUGACCCAACCAUUGGAUGUUAUGAAGACUAGAGCAAUGAAUGCCAAAGCAGGGGAAUUCAAAAACAUGGCAGAUUUAUUUUUUUAUACAGCCAAACUUGGACCCCUAGGUUUUUUCAAAGGUUUUGUUCCUGCAUUUGUACGCUUGGCACCGCAAACAAUCCUAACAUUCCUUUUUAUGGAGCAACUCAGGGCAAAUUUUGGAAUGGAGAAGAAGAUCAAAUGUUAAACAAGGACAUCCUGCCAUUAACUGUUUAUAGUUGGUUGAAAAUAUUCAUUGAUAAUUUUGCAAUUGCACUAUCAAAUUCAAUUCACUGUUUAAAAGCAGGAAAAUUAAAUUCCCCUCUUGUCCAAAUUUGAUGUUGUUUACUACAGGGUUAUUUAAACCGUGAUGUAUAAUUAAAUAGUUUUAAUGUUAAAAACUGGGUAAAAAUUAUUUUUACAACUCUUCAGUUUUGAUUUUUAGGUGCUAUUUACUAGCUUUUUUCUUGACCAAACAUUUUGUCUUUCCUUCCAAAGGAAAAUCUCUGUUGACAUGUGAAUUUUUUACUCUAGUUGAUGUUGUUAAGUUUGGAAAAAUUCUAAUUUUUAUAUCUAUUGGUUAUAUAAUUUAUUUUUAACA